AUGAUAUUAGAUUUCCAUCGAGUGAGAGUCACAGAUUUGAAAUAUAAUAGACAAGGUGACAGACUAUUCGUUGCAUCACAUGAUGAUAACGUGUCUCAGUGGGAUACCUCUACUGGUGUACUCAUCAACAAAUUUAUACAUCCCAAGAGAGUCAAUUCAAUCAGUAUCACUCAAGACUCUAUAGUGACACCUUUGUUUACUUUGCCGAUCAUAGAAUAUGACUUAUAUGGUUGUGUUACCUGGUCACCAUCGAACAAGUAUAUUUUGGCAAACGUUGGUAGUAGAGUUGAUAUCUUUGAUGUAGACACGAGAGAAUUGGUACAUUCUAUUCAUGUCAUUGGUUCAAUAUUGAAUGGCAAGAUCUCAUGGACCAGUGAUCAAAGCAUGUUUGUGAUUGGCUCCAAUUGUACCACCAUAUUGUAUGAAAACAAUACUUGGAGGCUCAUUCGCUCAUUUGAUAUUGGUCGCAGGAUCAACGAUGCAACGAUAUCAUCUACUACUCCUCCUGAUCCACACCAGAUUGUGGUUAUCCACGAAGAGACAAACAAGGUGAUUUACAAUUCAAUAUCAAACUAUUCAACCUCGACAACACAACAAGUAGCAGAGAUAAAUGGUCACGAUGAUCCCUCAUACUCUAUUUCUUUCUCACCAGAGAAUAAAUCAAACAUUGAUUAUACGACUUGA